CUGCUGCCAGUAAAGCACCGUGCUCCCAGGGACGUAGCGUAAUCGGGCAUUUAUUUGCCUGGCUUGGAAGGGAUGACCCGUCAGGGUGUAUUUUCUGCGUGUGGCUCUCCUCUUCCCAUCCGCCGCCUGUAGGAGCUCGGUCACGUUUGCAGUGGGAAUUCUCUGGUGGAAACUAACAGGGAUGCCAAAGGAAAAAUAUGAUCCUCCAGAUCCUCGCAGAAUUUACACCAUCAUGUCAGCAGAAGAGGUAGCCAACGGGAAGAAGUCGCACUGGGCUGAAUUAGAGAUCUCGGGUAGAGUGCGGAGCUUAAGUACGUCGCUUUGGUCGCUGACGCACUUGACUGCUCUGCACCUCAAUGACAAUAAUCUUACUCGCAUUCCACCUGAUAUUGCCAAGCUUCAUAAUCUGGUUUACCUGGAUCUGUCAUCCAACAAACUCAGAAGUUUACCAGCAGAACUAGGAAACAUGGUAUCUCUCAGGGAAUUGCUUUUAAAUAACAAUCUGUUACGGGUUUUGCCUUAUGAACUUGGACGGCUCUUCCAGCUACAAACCCUAGGUUUGAAAGGCAAUCCUUUAUCACAAGAUAUUCUCAGCCUCUACCAGGAUCCAGAUGGAACUCGAAAGCUACUGAACUACAUGCUUGACAAUCUAGCAGUUCAUCCAGAGCAGCUGCCUCCAAGGCCAUGGAUUACUUUAAAAGAACGAGACCAAAUUCUGCCCUCAGCUUCAUUCACAGUUAUGUGUUACAAUGUGUUGUGUGAUAAAUACGCCACCCGGCAGCUCUACGGCUACUGCCCGUCUUGGGCGCUCAAUUGGGAGUAUAGAAAAAAGGGAAUCAUGGAAGAAAUCGUCAACUGUGAUGCAGAUAUCAUUAGUCUUCAGGAAGUGGAAACAGAGCAAUACUUCACCCUUUUUCUGCCAGCCUUGAAAGAACGAGGGUACGAUGGAUUCUUUUCUCCAAAGUCACGUGCCAAAAUCAUGUCUGAGCAGGAGAAAAAGCAUGUGGAUGGCUGUGCAAUAUUCUUCAAAACUGAAAAAUUUACGCUGGUGCAGAAGCAUACAGUGGAGUUCAACCAGGUGGCAAUGGCUAACUCUGAAGGUUCAGAAGCUAUGUUAAACAGAGUGAUGACGAAGGACAACAUCGGAGUUGCCGUGGUGUUAGAGGUGCACAAAGAAUUAUUUGGAGCAAGUAUGAAAUCGCUUCAUGUGGACAAACAGCUGCUCAUUGUGGCCAAUGCCCACAUGCACUGGGACCCCGAAUAUUCAGAUGUGAAACUCAUUCAGACUAUGAUGUUUGUCUCGGAACUGAAAAAUAUCCUUGAGAAAGCCUCAGGCAGGCCCGGUAGCCCAACAGCAGAUCCUAACUCUAUCCCUCUGGUGCUCUGUGCGGAUCUCAACUCAUUGCCUGAUUCAGGUGUAGUGGAAUACUUAAGCAAUGGCAUAGUAGCUGACAACCACAAGGACUUCAAGGAGUUGCGUUAUAACGAGUGUCUCAUGAACUUCAGUGGCAAUGGAAAAAACGGGGCUUCUGAAGGAAGAAUUACGCAUGGCUUCCAACUCAAGAGCGCCUACGAAAACAACUUGAUGCCUUACACCAAUUACACUUUUGAUUUCAAAGGUGUGAUUGACUACAUUUUCUAUUCCAACACUCACAUGAACGUGCUUGGUGUCCUGGGGCCUUUGGACCCUCAGUGGCUGGUUGACAACAACAUCACUGGGUGUCCACACCCUCACAUCCCUUCAGACCACUUCUCACUGUUAACACAACUCGAACUCCAUCCUCCGCUCCUGCCUCUUGUCAACGGUGUGCACUUGCCUAACAGGAGGUAGUGGAGCCCUGCCCCUUUGAGGGCGAGGACCUGUUGUUAUGGACCUGUACAGUUGUAAAUCAAAGUAUAUAGGAGUGAAGUAUGGCCAACCUUAAGCUGCUUCUUCAAGCUCCUUUCCUUAUGUGUUUGAUAUGAGAUUUUGCACAUUUUGGUGCAUAUUGGUAUCAUUUGGCACUAGGGCUGGAACCAAAGUAUUAUUCCCUUUCCAGGUUUUUAAUUUAAUUUUUUUUUUUUUUUUAAAAAAAAAAAAAAAAACUGGCAAGCUUUUUCUUUUCAGUAGGAAGCUGCACCUAUAAAUGGACAAAGGAGAUUAAAAACUUGCUUAUUAACAUAUUUCAAGAUAAUGCUUUUUUCCAGAACGUGGCGAAAUGAGCCAACCUUUUAGGAGAAAGAAAAACAAAAAUAGAAAUGCUUGGUUUGUAGGAAGAAUAUUAGAAAUGCUGUUUGUUUGAACCCAAAACGGAGACUGAACUCUGCAUCCAAAAUAAAUUUUGCACAUUAGCAAAGCACUUAAUACCUGACUAUAAAUGAUUAGCAGUGUGGCCCUGCCCCUUGUCUAACUAAUAGUAGAAAACCAAAGAUGGGUUAAUAUCUCUGAUAAAAUUUGAGGUCUAAAUUCUCCUGAUGUGAUUUCAUUUACAACAAAAUUCCCAGCGAAGCUGCAUCUCCCGAGACUUUGCAGGUGAGCGUUUAAUGCUGUGUACGCAUCUCUUGCUCGGCAGACGCCGCGCUGUCUUUUUUUUUUUUUUUCGGAGCUCUGAAGAACUUGCUCCUGUCUGGGCGAGGUAGGCAGGGAUCCGAAGGUCCUCUGUGAAACAGAGCUGCCUCUCUGCUUCGGCACGCCGGGGCGACAGGCUCUUCCGCGGCACGGUCUGGGAGCAGCACUUAGGAAAUGGUAAGAAAGUGCCGUUGCAAGCGUUUGGGUUCCGGGUGAAUCAAGAAGUCGCAAAUCCGUCCUAGGUUCCCUUUCCCGAAGUUGGGUUGCAAAGAUGGGAAAACUUGGGAUGAAAGGCUUAAGCGCAGGGUACAGGAAAAACCCGCUGGAAAUGACCUUACUUCGGUCUCCGAAGGGCAUGCGCGGUAGCUGUCGGCAUGCCUUUUUCACCGGGGGAGCAAGCGGUGCCCGUAAUCAUUCCUUGGAUUAUUUUUCCUGACCCUAGUUGCCAAAUAACCAUCACACUUUUUUGAUAAUCUUUCGUUUCUGUUGUCGGUCAGGGUCGAAUUAAAAAGCUGCUGGUUCAUUCCCAACUGUUAAUGCUCUUUGGAUGUCUUGGAAAUCCUUCUUUUUUUUUUUUUUUUUCCUUCUUUUUAUGCUCUAGGUGGCCAGUUCGAAACCUUGUGCCUCAAAAGGCAUUAAACAUAAUGCAAUUUUCUGAAAAAAUUGGUUGGCUGCUUAAUGUUUAAAAAAAAAAAAAAAAAUGGCACAGUGAUAGGAAAAGGUUGUGUCUGUGUUUUUAAGUUUUUCUUUAUUCUGCUUUUUUGCUGCUAUAAGAUUUUUUCUUGAAUUUAUAUUUUAAACUUUUCAUGCACUUUACUGUUUCUAGUCUCAAAAUGUGAUAUUUUUAAUAAAUGAAAAAAUUUUCCAUUAUGUGAAUGAAAUUUUUAAACAGAACUAUAGCCUAUAUUUAUGUCUCAUUCGUAUACUUACAAAAGUCAAAUUUAAAUUGUGAAAUUAGUUUUAAAUACUAAGGAGCCAUCUUCUGUCUUGCAAAACCGCUAAGUCAGGCCGUUCCUCUACUCUUUAAUUAAAAACAUUUCCUUUUUCGUUUUAUACAUAGGAAAUUAUCCGGGGGGGG